AAGUUCAGCAAAGUUCAUCGUGCCGAAACUGUUGUCAUUGGUUGGUUCUCCGGUUGUUUCAGAUACGACACUAUUUUCAUGUCAUCCAAGAUAUAAGAAUGAACUAAAUGGGACGGUCCAAAUAGUGCAUAAUUAUUAUACUGUACACAUGUUCUAAUCUGGUCACUGGAUAAAUAGUAAUCAAAAUGCUUAAGACAUCAGCUUUAAUUAAAGUUUCAGUGUUUUUAAUUACUUAUGCAGUUGUACGUAAUGAAGCAAUAAAAUAUUCUUCGUUGGACAGAAGUUACCAGAGAGGCGUGGAGGCAUAUAAAGGAGAAAGAUGGUCAGAAUGUAUAAAAAGGUUUGAAGAAGCACUGCAUCUAUAUAAACUUUAUAAAGCUGUAGUGAUAAACUGUAGACUGAAAUGUAAUUCCCAACAAUUCGAACCUCAAGUGAAAGAUAAUAUAGAAGAUUUGCAGAUAUAUGAGAAAUUCUUUCAGACGAAAAAUUGCUUGAAAACCUGUCAAGAUCUUGCAUUUGAGGAAGUGAGUCUUAAGGAUGAAGUAUCUGACUCUAUCUUGUUCAACAUGCAUGCUAGAAAACCAUAUGAGUACCUCCAAAUGUGUUACUUCCAAAUGUAUGCUUUGCCAAAAGCCGCAUCAGCAACCUACACUUACUUACAAGCAAACCCGGAUGAUGAGUCCAUGCUGGAAAAUUUAAAAUAUUAUUCAGAACAACCUGAAGUUGAUGUCAAUGAAAUUACAGAUCUUGAAAGUGAAGACUUUAUGGUUCUCCACAACCUGGGAUUGAAAUCUUAUAAGAAGAAUAACUGGGGUGAAACCAUUGCUAGUAUGGAAGAAGUUAUAACAGAUUAUUUGUCAUGGGAAAACAGAUGUCGAGUAGAAUGUGAGAGGCAACCUGAUCAAGAAUGGUCGUCUGAAUUUGUAGUAACUAUUUCAAACAACAUUGCUUCUCUUCUUCAUUGCCAUCAGCAGUGUCAAGAUAAGGUCAAAUCAUUUGGAUACAAAUCUGGCUCAGAAUUUCUAGCUGAUGUACUCAACUACAUUCAGAUAUCUUAUUAUCGUUUGGACAAGUAUGAUGACGCUGCUAAAGCAGUAGCAAGCUAUUUAAUACUGUUACCUGAUGAUGAAGACAUGUUAGAAAACAAAAGGAUUUACAGCACCUUAAUUAAAGAAGGAACUAUUCAUAGAAGAUCUGACAUAGAUUAUUAUUUCAAACGUGAUAACUAUGAAAAGAAACUCUUAAAUCUUUUUCAUAGAGGAGAUGAUAAUAAAAUUGAUUCUAAUGCCAUAUAAAUACAAUACAAUUUUACAUAUAUCAUAAUGGCUAAGAGUUUACAAUCAUGUACUGUAAUAUUUAUUACGAAAUGUACAUUUAUCUGUUGUUAUGAAAGAGAGUUUAUAGUAUAUAUUUGUAGUCAUUUACUUUUUUUUGUAAUUUAUAUUUACAAACUAAAUUAAUUUUAAGCCUGGAGUGCCAUAAAAUUGUUUAGAAGUAACAAAUAAGAAUAAUAUUUUUGUACCUAAUAUAAUAUUAUUAUACAAUAAGAAUAAUGUGCCAUAAUAUUAUUACAUUUGUAAUAAAUAAUUAAAAUUAUCAAAUAAAA